GUCACUGCAGGGGCCUCGCAGGGCCCACGUCCUCGGCCGCGUUUUAGCUCGCCGUUGGAUGGGCGCGAGCGAUGGCCUACGCAGGCUACGCAUGACGCUGCGUGGAAGUCCCGACGUCCGAGAGCUGGAAUCGCUGGCGAACGAGGCGCCCGAGGAGGAUGGAAAGACUUCGGAUGAGAAGGUAGAGAAGGAGGUGUCCGAUCUCACGGGGGACUAUCUCAACAUCUCUUUGCUCCUGGUGCUGUAUACGCUCCAGGGCAUUCCCAUGGGCCUGUCGGCGGUGUUACCCUUGAUUCUGAAGGAGAAGAAUGUCUCCUAUGCGGACUUGGGAACCUUCUCCCUGAACUCCUAUCCCUUCAGUCUCAAAAUCCUCUGGGCGCCCAUCGUCGACGCUGCUUACUUCCCCCGCUUCGGAAGGAGGAAAACUUGGCUGAUCCCCACUCAGUUGGCCAUCGGUGUAGUAAUGGUUGUGCUUUCUGGAUCUUUGGAUUCUUUGCUUUUUGUGGAGGAACCGCAGAUCAAAAGCCUCACGUGUCUUUUCUUCCUGCUUUACCUCCUUUGUGCCACUCAGGACAUCGCAGUUGACGGUUGGGCCCUAGCAAUCCUCCGCAAAGAGAAUGUGAGCUAUGCAGCCACGUGCAAUGCCAUUGGUCAGACGCUGGGAUAUGCCGCUUGGUAG